CUGCUGUUGCGCAAUCUCCCAGGCAGAGUUAUGCUUUCGGUUUUCUGGCCACAAAGAUCUAUCGGAAGGAGAAUGACUAUUGUGUGGUGACGAUCAGGCGUAUGCAUUGUGUUUAGACCUGGUUAAUGCGCAAAUAUAUUUGACAAGAUGCCGAAGUGCAACAUAAACUGCGAGUACUGGCCGCUGAUCCGGUUCAUGCUACCGCUGACUUGCACGUUUAUCGCUGUGAACGUUGCCGAACAGACGUUGAAUCGUGGACUCACGUCAUCUAAAGAUGCCACUUCUAUACUGGCCAUAUUUGGUAUCUCUUACACAUUGGUGAAAUUUGCGAAUGGCUCUUUGCUGGAGUUUAAACAUGUUGGUGUUGUACAGGUACACAGUCGUCGUGAUAUCGUCAAACCAAUCAUAUGCAUCUUUGGAAUCGGUACUUUUAUCAUAUUGAUAGCAUUGCUUAUAUCUUAUACAGAGCUAGGUUACUAUGCAGUUACUAAACUAUAUGGACUUGACGAUGAGAUUGGUAAUGCCGCCAGGAACUGUAUAUUUUAUCUGAGUAUAUAUCCACUUAUAGAUGGAAUUGCUCAGUUGUUUGCUGGUAUUCUACUACAACACAAGUACAGUACAUUGGUAGGAGGAGCUAGUAUUGUGGAUGUUGGCUUACAGAUUGGCACAACUAUUGGUCUACUACAUACAAGUUUAUCUGUUGUCUUCCCUGUGAUGAUUCCAACAAUAGCACUCUACUUAGCAACGUCUGUCAGACUUACCAUAUUACUUGCGGGAUUCUUCAAAUUUAUAUACCCAAAGCAACCGAUCACUGUCAGCACUUCAGAUGGAAUGAUGGGACUGACUGUGAGGAAAGUAUUAUGGUUCUGGUGGCCAUUAGCACUUGUACGUUGUAUUCAAAUACUUAGCAGGCCGAUCUGUAAUGUACUCGUAGCACGUGAUCUGGAUGAUCCUGAAGCCACUGUACAGGCAUUGGCUGUAUUAACAGUCACCUACCCAGUGGCUCAGGUAGUAUACCAAUGGUUGAAUGAACUUAAAACCCUAGCACCAACAUUUCUUAAGCGUCAGAAUGUUACAACUCGAAUCAAAAUCACACCAAGACAUAUCGCAAUCUUCAAUGUAACUUGCAUGUGCAUAUCUUUUUCUGGCAUGUUAAUAUUGUUUUGGAUCCCAGGUAUUGCCGAGUCGUUUCUAACCACCGUACUUCGAAUUGAUGAAGUGACUGCAGCAUUGUGUGUUGUGCCGCUAAAAAUAUUCUCUUUUAUGCCAUUUGCAGUUACAUUGAGAGCUCAUGUAACAUCAUGGCUGUUGCUAUGGCAACAAACAAAAAUGAUUGCUCCUAGUGCUGUGGUCAGAUUGGUGGUACUCGUUGUAUCACUUUUGACUUUUCCUAUGUUUGGACUUCACGGUGCCCAAUUGGGUAUUACCGCAUUGCUGUGUAGUUUCAGUUCUGAGGCAUUAACGGUUCUCGCUGGUACUAUCUGGAUCAGACAUAGACGGCGGAUACAUGAUCGGAGUGUGAUGGAGAUGUCAACUAGUGAAAUCACAUGCAGUGAUAAACUAAUGGUAGAAGCGGAGGAGAGGGAGACAGCACUCUAGAAAUAUCGAACGUAUUUUUAAAAAAAAAUAUUUUCAUAUUAUUGCAAGCAACAUUUUUUGUAUUAUAUGAUUUUUCCACUGAAGCAAAAUUAUAUUUUUGGCAUUCAUGCUCAAAUAAGUGUGGAAUGUUUCAUCUUGUUUAUGAAUAAAUAUCCAAUUUUUUUAAAA